GGGCGGGGUUACGGCGGUUCUGCCAAGGCCGCCAUUUUUUGCACAGGAUUGAAGGGAUCCGGGGAGAAAAAAAAAUAAGGGGGUCAAAAACUGACCUAAAACUAUAUAUUGAGUUUAAAAAAGCGUCCGGGUUCACGAGUUCAACUCGCACACGAGCCGAAAAGGCGAGCAGUGUCAGUUUCGGGCGCUUGAAACCAUCUUUUCUUCAACACAUCCGCAGUGGAGAGUAUUGUUUUGGUCCUGGUCUCCAUUCAAGGCUCUCACAGUGGACAUUGAUACAGGUGGUGUGGAUGCAUUUAGAUGUUUGCCAUGCGUGCAGUGGUUGGUAUGUGUCAGUGUUUGGGAUCGCUCGGCUCUGCUCUCAGUAGGACUCCACACUCGCAGCACAGAGCGUCAUGAGCUUAGUCAUCCCAGUGGGGGUGGACAACAUGGCUGCCGGCUCAGAACCUGAAUCUGUGGAGGCCAGCCCUGUAGUAGUGGAGAAGUCCAGCUAUCCUCAUCAGAUCUACAGUAGCUCUCACCACUCGCACAGCUACAUCGGCCUGCCUUACGCUGAUCAUAACUAUGGGGCAAGGCCGCCCCCGACGCCCCCCGCGUCCCCCCCGCCGUCGGUGCUGAUGCGAGCGGGUGAGGGUGUGUUGGGGCAGGAUGAGGCGUCCCGGGGCACCACGCUGAGCACAUCGGAGGACGGCAGCUACGGCGCAGACAUCACGCGCUGCAUCUGCGGCUUCACCCACGACGACGGCUACAUGAUCUGCUGCGACAAGUGCAGUGUGUGGCAGCAUAUAGACUGUAUGGGUAUCGAUCGGCAGCACAUUCCCGAGACGUACCUCUGUGAACGCUGCCAGCCGCGUAGCCUCGACCGAGAGCGCGCCAUCCUGCUGCAGACCAGGAAGAGAGAGAACAUGUCUGAUGGAGACACGAGUGCUACAGAAAGCGGUGAUGAAGUUCCCCUGGAGCUCUACACCACGUUCCAGCACACGCCGAGCAGCAUCACGCUCACCACCGGCCGCCUCGGUAACAAGCAGAACGACAAGAAACGCAAGAAGAGCGGAGAGAAGGAGCCGACUCCGCCCACCCGCGCCAAGAAGGCGUUUAGAGAAGGGUCCAGGAAGUCCAACAGAGUAAAGGGGGCUCGGCUCGAGUGUGAGCCCAUGGACUCUCCGUCUUUGUGGGAGAGUAAAGUAAAAGCGUGGAUGGAGCGCUAUGAGGAGGCGAACACCAAUCAGUACAGCGAGGACGUGCGAGUGCUGCUACGUGUCAAAGAGGCCCGGGACGGCAAAGCCCUCGCCUACAACACACACCCCGCUGCCUUCAAACCACCUGUAGAGAGUCAGUUGCAGAAGAAUAUGCGUAUCCUGAAGGCAGUGAGGGACUUGGCAGCAGACUCUCUGCUGAUCGAGUACAGAGGGAAGUUCAUGCUCCGUCAGCAGUUCGAGGCUAACGGAUAUUUCUUUAAGAGGCCGUACCCCUUCGUACUGUUCUACUCGAAGUUUGACGGUUUGGAAAUGUGUGUGGAUGCGCGGAGCUUCGGAAACGAAGCAAGGUUUAUCCGGCGAUCCUGCACGCCCAACGCGGAGGUGCGUCAUGUGAUCGAAGAUGGAAUGCUGCACUUGUACAUCUACUCGCUACGGUCCAUACUUAAAGGCAGUGAGAUCACCAUCGGCUUCGACUACGACUACAGCAACUGUAAAUAUAAGGUGGACUGUGCGUGUGUAAGAGGGAAUCAGGAAUGUCCUGUUCUCAAACACAACCUGGAGCCCACGGAGAACCUGGGUUCUGCUACACGACGCAGAGGAAAGAAAGAUAAAGAGCCGCCGAUUCGGGAUGAACCUGGCCAGAACCAGAAUCUCACCCUGGACUGUGAUGGGUCCAAGAGCAAAACGAACAACGACAGCAAGCAGAGGAAGCUGUCACCUCUACGGGUGUCUAUCUCUAACAACCAGGAUCCUGAGUUAAUUGAGGAUCUAGAAGAGAAAACCUCCGUUAGCAAUGACGUAGAGAUGGAGACAGAGGAGCACAUGGCGGAGAGGAGGAGGAAGAUGACACGCGAGGAGAGGAAGAUGGAGGCCAUCCUGCAGGCGUUUGCUCGCAUGGAGAAGAGGGAGAAACGCAGGGAGCAAGCUCUGGAAAGGAUCGGCACCAAGGGCGAGGUGGGAACUCGGGGCGAAAUCAAAGAAGAGCCUCCCGCUACUCCGGAGCUCGAGUCUCCUGCAACACCUUUGUUGGAGCCAGUGAAAGAGGAAGUGGCUCAGAAGGCGGCGAAGGUCAGCCGUAACAAGCAGAGGAAAAGCUUCUCUCGGAACCGAACGCACAUCGGGCAGCAAAGACGGCGGACGCGCACGGCCAGCGCGUGCUCCGACCCACCGCCCGCGUCCCCCGGAGAGUCUCUCGACGCCCAGCUAAUGGUGGACACGCAGGACGGAGAGAUAGGGGCGGCACCAGAGAUCGAAGCUCCGCCUCCUCAAGUCCCAGACGACAAUGCCAGCCCACCUCACACCUCACCUGGACACAAGUUUCCCAAAACGAAAAAGCACUUAGUGACCGAGUGGCUGAGCGUGGAGAAGCAGGAGCAGCGCGUGUUAGUGCGCAGUCCCGAGCCUGUUCCUGAUCGGCCGCUGAGGAUCAGCACUGAUCCUGAGGUUUUAGCCACGCAGCUCAACUCUCUACCCGGGAUGGCCUGCAGUACGCACGUCUACAGCACUCCCAAGCACUACGUACGCUUUUCUUCUCCGUUCCUGGCCAGCCGGAGCCCCAGCACCCCUGCGGUGCCUGCAGCUCGCCGACGCUCGCGAGAACUCUCCGAUACUCCGCCUACCUCGGGUUCCUGCAAGAAGCGUUGGCUGAAGCAGGCUUUAGAGGAGGAAGGCAGUGUGAGUCCAGGCGGCCGAACCCUCCUGAUGCCUGCUGAAGGACCUCUGACCCCUCCAAUCAACGGAGACACUGACAGUCCCAUCUCGCUUAACGGCACCUGCCCAGAGUUGCCAACGCCACUGAAGAAAAGGCGUUUGUGUCCACUGGACUUGUGUGUGUCGGAGUCGUCCACGCCGUACGCCUCUCCGUGCGCUACACCGACACGGGCAGAAACCUCCGAUGCCCCGCUAACACCUCAGCUCCUGAACACGCCUCCAGAACCUUCCACACCCACACACACCUCCCAGAACCCAGCACACGCCACACAACAAGAGGGCGAGUCGACGGCGAUUGACAGUUCACCAGAGGCGAGUCGAAGACCAAGCAUGCAAGAGGUUGACCGUGCUCCGUCGCUCUUGGCCUCUCCAAUCAGGAAGCUUCCCGAAACUGCACCUCAGGAGUCUCAAAGUCCUGCCACCUCAUUACCUGAGGCACCUUUAGACGAAGGUACGGAAGGAGAAGGCGUGACUGAGGCUACGUCCAUGUCCUACCACACGUGGAUCAAGAGCCCCGAACGAGGCGGCCUUUCUUUCUCGCCGAUUAACUCCAACCUGAGGGACUUGACGCCGUCACAUACGCUCGACAUGGGCGCGUUUAGUGACGCUGCCUCCUAUUACCCCUGCGUAGAGGAGGGAGGCAGCACAGCCUUUGCUCGCUCGCUUGGCGGGGACGCCUCCGAGGGGGCAGGAACAGCCCAGAAUCCACCACAGAAGAAAAAGGUGUCUCUGUUGGAAUAUCGGAAGCGGCAGCGUGAAGCUCGGCGCAGUGGAGGCUCCAAGGUUGAGUGUAGCUCUCCACUUUCAACAGCGCCCCCAGUGGAUGUCUUCCCUGUCGCCGUUGAAACACCGCCCGAUCCCGCGGUCCCUGUGGUUACGUUAGGCUCCAGGACCCCGCAGACUAGCGAGGACCCGGACAGCUCCCAACAGGGAGAGAAAGAGGGCGGAGACGGACAGUGGGUGUCUUCAACCUCUGUGGAACAGGCUAGGGAGCGCGGAUACCACAGAGCCCUGCUGCUCAGUGACCACCGCAAAGACACAGAUGGAGGAGAGACAGACGGAGGUGAUGCCAUAACGAGGGACUGUCCAUCACCUAAGAGCUGCAAGAGUCCCUCAACACACACGUCUCCGUCUUCAGGCCCAAGCCCCGUGUCACGCCCAUCUAAAGAAGAAGACAGCGACCCUCAGUCCCGUCCCUCGCUACAGCCGUCCUCGUCUAAGCCAGCGCUUUCCAAACCCACCCCUCUGACCCCCGGCAAGCACCCCUCCCAGGGGCACUAUGCCGCUCCUUCCCUCACUAUCCCCUCCCCUAAAUCUCAGCCUCAGCUGCAGGGUUCGCCCUAUCGUGGCCAGAGGACCUUCCUGUCGGCCCCGCCCCCUAACCAAUCACAAUACAGCCCACAGAAUGCCCCUCCCCCUCCUCCUCCUCCACCUCCGGUACCCCCAAGCUCCUCGGCCUAUUUUCCUACACAGUUCAAAGCGGCGGUCUCGACGCCCUUCCCUCCCGGCUCGCAGACCCUGUUGCAGUCGCACCACACGCUCCACUUCCAGAGCAGCUCCGCCCCGCCUCCUCCUCCCCCUCCCCCUCCGCCUCAUCCCCAACCCGGCCCUGCCCUCAUCCAUGUCAAUCACCUGCAGCCCCCUUCAAUCCAGCAGCAUCAGCUGAUCCUGAGCGCCGCCCCUCCCCCGCCACCACCGCCGCCUCCUCAGACGCAGAGUUCUCAACCCGCACCUGUAGGCGGCACCACCACAGUCAACCUGCUGUCCAUCAAACAAGCUCCACCUCCUCCGCCGUCAUUUCAGAACAUCGGUGCAUUCCAGACUACUCUCCUGCAUCAAUCGGGGACGAGCAGCUCUGCGGCGGUAACGCCCUCCGCGUACCAGCAAACCGUGUUACCGCCUCCUCCUCCGCCUCCGCCGCAACCCAACCCGCCCUCUCAGUCCUCGUCCAACUCGAACACCACGCAGGCCCGGGGCCCGCCCCCUUCCUCCACGACUUUUCACAACCCCGGAUACAUGGGGGCGGGGUGGCACUGACUGACUCCCCCUGCUUCGUUCGGCUGCCCGCAAUGAAAAACACGGACUCGUAGUGAGAAAACGGCGGCGUGACGCCGGGACAGAAGUAAUUGUAACAUAGGCAACUAGUAGUGUAAAUAGUUUUUAUGCACCUUCACACCCAGGAGAUGAGAACGAGGACCUCGCGUACUCUCCCCGACCUCAGAGAGACUUCACACAAAACAAGAUGGCGGUGCUCAUUAACACGACCCUAAACCCCUCCCCUCAAUUUUUAUUUCCCUUCUUCUUCCUCUUCUUCUUCUUCCUUGAUACACACUUCCACUUGUCCUGUCCGACUUUUAACGUUUUUACCUUCUCCCUUCUUUUCGCACUUGUACGAUGGACAUUCCACGUCGACCCCCUCCUCUUUGGGAAAAUCUUCACGUCAUUUAUUCGUUUUAUCUAGCGCUUCAUUUAUAGCGGAAAAUGCUUUUUGUAUAGAGGAAAAAAAACGACAGAAUUAUUUUUUUUAAUCCUUCAUGUAACUGAAUUUAAAAAAGAAUAAUAAUAAUAAUAAGAGGAAGAAGAUGAGUAUCUGCAGAAGAGACCUUUCUGUUAGGCCGCUUCACACCGCUCCCGGAGUCUGCACUUCUCUGUGUGUGUGUGUGUGUGCGUGCGCGUUCACGUGUCCGUCACGUCUGUGUGUGUCGAGUGCGCACGAGAGAAAAUGAACUUCCUGUUCACCGUGAGCGGUUUGUUAUUUUUUUAUUUCCACGGUUCUUUUGUAGAAAGUGUAAUUUAAUUGUACAGGCGGUUCGUUUGCCUCCGGCGUUCUUUCCGCACACGGACGGAUGUAAAUAUCAGCUUUUUUGUUUCCUUUUCUUUUUUUUUCCCGAUGCUUGUACACUUCGCUCCCAUUCUUUCUGGAAUCUGGUUGUAAAUACGAGCGUAAACUUCGCAUAAAAAAGGAAAAAAAAAGAAAAAAAAUGGAAAGCUGAAUGUUUCUGUGAACGUAGCACUAUUUUUAUUCCGUCUCCAGGAUUAUUUGGAUUUGUCCCUUUCUUUCUUUUUUUUUUUUUUUUUUUAUUGUGUGUGUGCGUGAGUGUGUGUGUGUGUGCGCGCGAGUGUGUGUGUGUGUGUGUGUGUGUGUGUGUGUGUGAAGAGCAGAUGCUCACAGACACAACACUGGUUGGAUACUUUCAUGGUUCAUUAUAAUAAAUCACUGUAAUGACAGUUUUAUACCA